UCAACAAAAAUUGACACAGACAGUCUCGACGCGCGCUCGUCGUUACACGUUCACUUUGUGUGUUGAUUUAUUUCUCUACAAACUACAACAACAUGUCGGGUCGCGGCAAGGGUGGCAAGGUCAAGGGAAAGGCAAAGUCCAGGUCCAACCGUGCCGGUCUCCAGUUCCCCGUCGGUCGUAUCCACAGGCUUCUGCGUAAGGGCAAUUACGCCGAGCGUGUCGGUGCCGGUGCGCCCGUGUACCUGGCCGCCGUCAUGGAGUACCUGGCCGCUGAAGUGCUCGAGUUGGCCGGUAACGCGGCUCGUGACAACAAAAAGACCAGGAUCAUCCCGAGACAUCUACAACUGGCGAUACGCAACGACGAGGAAUUGAACAAGCUCCUCUCCGGCGUCACCAUCGCCCAGGGUGGUGUGCUGCCCAACAUCCAGGCCGUGCUCUUGCCCAAGAAGACCGAGAAGAAGGCAUAAAUCGCCGCCGCGUUUUCGCAUCAUUUAUGUAUGCUGCACUCUGCUGCUGUAUACAUAUUGAUCGAGAGUGUGCACGUUUCUUCAAACAAAAAGGCCCUUUUCAGGGCCGCAAUAUGAUUCUUGAGUAUUUAUGAAAUGUUUCUUGACGAUUGACACGAGUGCAAAUCUCUUCUUACACUAUACAAUAAUAAAUAC